AAUAAAGCAAAUACUCAAAGCGAAAUUAAAAUGGCCGACUCAGCACCAGCCCCAGCACCAGCAGCAGCAGCCGCUUCACCAGCAAAAGCGCCAAAAGCCAAAGUUCCAAAAGCCAAGAAACCAGCAUCGAAACCAACCCAUGCACCAACCGCUACAUUGGUCAACGACGCAAUCAAAGCAUUGAAAGAACGCGGUGGCUCAUCCUUGCAAGCAAUCAAGAAGUAUAUCACCGCCAACAACAAGGUCGAUGCCGAAAAAUUGGCUCCA